AGAUGGAGGAAUACCGGUUCUUGUGAUCCUCCUCACCUCCGACAUGGACCCGGUGGCCAAGCUGCUGACGGAUCGUCUGACGGAGAGGACGGGCUGCCAGGUGGUGCAGGUCGGAGACGAGCCCCUCGACUUGCUGAGGAAGAUGGUGGAGGAGAAGAAGCUGGAAUGGAAGGACGUGGCGUAUAUGGGAAGCGACCAGCAGGACGUCAGCUGUCUGAAUCUCGCGGGGAUGAGUGCGGUUCCUGGAGACGCUCCAAAUGUCGCCAUAAACGCCUCAAAGUACACCUGCCGCAAAAUGGGGGGGACGGGCGCUCUGCGGGAGUUCGCCGAACACAUCCUGCUGCAGAAAGAGAAGGCAAAGUCUCACAGAGAGCAGCACCGCAUCGACCGCAUCAACUUCUAAACAUCACAGAGAGAUAGAAGUGAAAACGAUGCGCUUUUCGAAAAGAAGGAAUAUAAGUAAUGCGAAGAUGAUAUAAAAUAAUAUAACAGUAUAUGAAGUAUCCCAUAACUCAAACUACUACAUGGAUGUAGCAUUGAGCUAAUGUUGAGUUUGAGUGCUUGGAUAUACAUGAAGUAUAGAUGUUUUUACUGCAUUGGAGUAGUUUCAUAUUUUGCAACCUGUGUGCUUUAUCCACUGAUCUAUGAUUUAUGUUUGUCCUUCGGCUCAUUCAUGGGAUUGUGCCACUGUUUAAAUUGAAUCAUUGUGUCUUAUGGUAUCGAUUUGUUUGUGAUUUUCAAUGAAGUUUAAGAUAUUUGAAA